AUUUCCCUUGUGCUGGGGGUUCUACUGAGCAGUGAUGUAUCUCUACGCACAAAUUCUCUGUAGUUGGGACGGAGCGCGACAGAGAUCAUUUUUGAGUGAGAGCCUAGGCUGACGACUGAAUAUUAGUAUCAGGAGCUGUUUGCAAUAUGCCAAGGUCUCCCUGGACCUGGGAGCACGAAAAUGAUCUUCUGCCUUACAUUGCUACAUGCAGGGUUCAUUCCAGCCCUAUUUGUUUUCUUGACCUGGAGUCUUCCUGGGGCAAUCGGCAUGUAUGCUCUUUCUCUUGGUGUCCAGCGUAUGAAUGAGAUUCUUCCCUUGCCGGUUUAUGCCCUUCUUUCUGGACUGAACGCCUCAACCGUCGGCAUCAUCGCGCUAGCCGCUGUGCAGCUUGCCGAGAAAGCAAUCAGAGACAAGCUUACCCGUAUCCUGGUACUUCUUGGAGCAUGCGCGGGUCUGUGUUACAAUGCAUUGUGGUUCUUCCCGGUGCUCAUGCUCAUCGGCGGUCUCACUAGCGUCAUCUGGGAUGGCUGGAUGAGCCAGAGGAUUGGCAAGGUGAGGGCGAUGCUGAAACGAAAAAAGAACGGCCCAGAAAGCACGGCAGAGGAGGCUGGUGCCACUGAUAGUGUACAACUUGAUGACAGAAUAGAGAGCCAAAAUAGGGUGCAUAGAAGGAAUGCUGCUGCGAGCUCGAUCAAGUCAAGCAAUUCAGUAUCAGCUGUACAACUGCCUGCUGCGGACAACUCGCGGUUACAGACAGAGCAAGCUGCGACAAAUGAUACCGCAGACCAUAUGAUCCGCAUCAAGGUUGGAAUCGCGAUUACAAUUAUAUUUUUUACUUCCUUUACCGCCAUUCUUGUAGCUCGAGGCAGUAUCAAUGCCCCCCCGCUCGUUCUCGAUCUCUUCGCCAACAUGUACCUAGCUGGUACAAUCAUCUUCGGCGGCGGCCCAGUGGUUAUUCCCCUUCUCCGUUCAUAUGUUGUCGAUCCCGGUUGGGUCUCUAGCCGCGACUUUCUCCUAGGCCUCGCUAUCAUCCAGGCCUUCCCUGGUCCCAACUUCAACUUUGCUGUCUACCUGAGCGCACUUACAUUGCAACGAUCCCAGUUCCCAACUGUCUUUGGUGCGUUCCUAGGCUUCCUCGGUAUUUUCCUCCCUGGAAUCACACUAGCGGUUGCUGUGCAGAGCUUCUGGCGGGUGCUACGGACGAAGAAGUGGGUAGUAGACCUGCUACGAGGGGUGAAUGCGACAGCAGUGGGGUUGGUAUUCACGGCGGUUUACAGACUAUGGGAGAUUGGUUAUCUCGUACCUGAAGACAGUCGCGGGCGGAGUUUGGCAGCGGAGCCAUGGUGGGUCGUUGUUGCUGCAGUCACGUACGCGGAGAGUGCUUGGUUUAAUGUUCCACCAGCCGUUGCCAUUGUGAUAGGCGCCGUGUUAGGGCUUUGCUGGUACGGUGCAGUUGGGCGAUGAAAGUCACUAGUCACGCGAAACCUAGCCUGUGGUAUGUCAUGUCAUGUGCGGAGAAAGUGGAUGGAGGAAAGAGCC